AAGUCUAAUUUAGCCUCAUUUUGAGGUAUUACUGCAUUAAAACCCUCAUAUGACAUGCAGGAGAAGUGAACUCUUAUUUAGCAACAACUGGCGUAAAAGAGCGAUUUCAUGCUAAAUGGGAGUCAUCUCCGUUGCAGUCAGGGAGAUUUAAGCGAGGCGCAUUCCUGCACAGCGCUCAGAGCGGAGGGACGAGCAGAGCCGUGGCGAAGCCCACACAACCGCAACGCCUCUCUCCUUAUCUCCGGGGCUCGGAGCUCCCCUCACAAACCUCUCGGCUCUCGGUGGAGGUGAAAGGAAGUGCUGGGUGUCGCCCCGAACACACGCCGCGGUUACAUGUGCAGCAGCCUCGGCUGAAGAGGGAGCGGGAGGGGGGUUACGGUUGUGCCUGCGUGUGGCUGCGUGUUCUCGGACCGUGUCGAGCCGCGAUGUCGGAGUUUCUGGUGAGUCUGCUCGGGGAGCGGCUCGUGAACAGCGAAAAAGCCGAGGUGGACGUGCAGUCUCUGGGCGCGAGACUCUCCCUGGUCGGGCUCUUCUUCGGGUGCAGCCUGAACGCCCCGUGCAAGCAGUUCAACGGCAGCCUGUGCGAGUUUUACAGCCGCUUCAAAAAGGCGUCUGAGCAUAAGGACAAGCUGGAAGUCGUCUUCGUGUCGUCCGACCAGGACCAGAAACACUGGCAGGACUUUUUGCAGGAGAUGCCGUGGCCUGCGUUACCUUUCAAAGACAGACACAAAAAGAUGAAACUGUGGAACAAGUACAAAGUAACCAGCAUUCCUUCGUUGGUGUUCGUGGACGCUGCGACAGGAAAGGUGGUGUGUCGAAACGGUCUGCUGGUGGUGAGAGACGACCCUAAAGGUCUGGAGUUCCCCUGGGGCCCGAAGCCCUUCGCAGAGGUGGUGGCGGGGCCUCUGCUCAGGAACAACAGGCAGACAGCAGACAGCAGCUCUCUGGAGGGACACUAUGUGGGAGUGUAUUUCUCAGCACACUGGUGUCCGCCGUGUCGCAGUCUGACUCGAGUCCUGGUGGAGUCCUACCGAAUCGUCAAAGAGUCCGGUCACAAGUUUGAGAUCGUGUUCGUCAGCGCCGACAGGUCAGAAGAGUCUUUUAAGCAGUAUUUCAGCGAGAUGCCGUGGUUGGCCGUCCCGUACUCAGACGAGGCGCGGAGAUCUCGACUCAACAGGCUGUAUGGGAUACAAGGUAUUCCCACGCUGAUCCUGCUGGACGCCGAAGGCCGUGUGAUCACGCGACAGGGCCGCGUGGAGGUGCUGAACGACCCGGAGUGCCGGCUCUUCCCGUGGCACCCGCGGCCCGUGCUGGAGCUGAGCGAGGCCAACGCCGUGCAGCUCCAUGAGGGGCCCUGCCUCGUCCUGUUUGUGGAUGCUGAAGAGGAAGGUGAACUGGAGCCAGCCAAGGAGUUGAUUCAGCCAAUAGCAGAGAAGCUCAUGGCCAAGUAUAAAGCCAAGGAGGAGGAAACGCCACUGCUGUUCUUUGUUGCCGGAGAGGACGACAUGAGCGACUCGCUGCGGGACUACACCAACCUCCCGGAGGCGGCGCCCCUGCUCACCAUCCUGGACAUGUCGGCCCGUGCCAAGUACGUCCGCGACGUGGAGGAGAUCACGCCGGCCGUGGUGGAGCAGUUCGUCAACGAGUUCCUGGCUGAAAAGCUCAAACCAGAGCCCAUCUAAAAAGAGACGCAUCGAGCAGGAAAUGGACAUGCAGAAUGAGACUGUCACUCAACCCAGAUCCGUUCUCUCACACACACGCGCACACACACACACACACACACACACACACACCCCUUGUGUCUCCAUCUGCCCUGCUCUCAUUCACCUCCACUCCUGACUGUUAGAUUAAAACAAAUGUCUCCUUACAGACACUUUGACCAUUUUUUUAAAAAGUCCUUUUCCUCUCUUUAUGGAGUCCUCUCUUUCUCCCGUGGUGCCUUGCAUAGUCCAUACAGUAUGGCGGUCGUUGUAGAUGGAGGGGAAAAAGAAAGAAGAGUACAUUUCUGCCCAAAAACUCAGAAAUUUUGAGAUCAAUCCCUGAAAUUUUCUAGAAAAAAAAACAUGGAAUUUUUUCUGAGUUUGAAAAGUCUUGAGAGUCUUGAGUCUUUUUGCUUGAGAAACAAAAAUUUUAGAAUAAUUUCAGAGAUGUUCUAGGAAAAUAUAUGGAAGUUUCUGAGUUUCAAAAGUGUAAAAUGUUUGAUUUUUGGAAUGAAUUUGAAGCAUUGAAAAUUUUCUACGUUGAAUCUCAGAAAUUUCCACUUUUUUAAGCUUUUCUACCAAUUUUUUUUUACUUUUCAAACUCAAAUUUCUUUCUUUCUUUCUAGAAAACGUUUGUGAUUAAUCUCAAAAUUUGAGUUUUUCUACCAAAUUUUCAACUGUGGACCUCAGAAAUGUUCUUGUUUUUUCUAGAUAUUUUCAGAUGUUUUGGUGGAAAUAUACUCCUUUUUUUUCUAUCUGCAAUGGCCCUAAUACACCAUCGUAAUACAGUAAUAUAUGAGGAUAUUCUGUUUUUGUCUUUUUUUUAUAUAUAUACACACACUAGCAUUUUUGAGAUGUAGAGACAACCUGAGAAUCGAUCCAGUGGACCUACUUAUUGAAGCUGAUGCUUUGCUUUCUAUUCUCACUGUAAGAUCUGUGUUGCUUUUGGUUUUUGUAUGACGCUGAGAAAGAAUAAAAAUGCAGUCAUGUAGUAAUUCACCUGUAUGACAGAGGGUCGGAUGGAUGUAGCUGUAAGCCUAUUUAAAUAAAACCGUGAUGGGUGUUCACUGUAAUCGGCGUGCAGCUUGCUGCCGAACAAGUCGCCGGGUGUUAAUGGUGGCUUCAUCUCAAAGUCGUUUUGAGGAUUUUCUGUGAAGGUCCCCGAAUGGGAAAAAAAUGUACGGGAUGUUUCUGCGAUCACAAAAAGACGAGAGGCAUUUUUGAGAAGCGUCGAAUGUAUAAACUCUUAUAUUCUGUUACUCCAGUCAUGACUUCUCUAACACAUUAAAACUCACUGGCAAGUACAAA